AUGGGUGGAUUCUGGCACCCCCACCCUUCCGGCGUCCUGAUGUCCGGAAACGAUUCCAACCUCUACGGCUACACUCCCUCGAAAGAAGCCGGCUACGCAUUUGUCGUCCUCUUCGGCAUCACCACACUGCUUCACGUCUUCCAGGCCAUAAAGUCAAAAGCGUGGUGGCUAUUCCCAACGGCAAUCAUCGCCGGUGUUGCCGAGGUUGUCGGAUGGACGGCGCGGAUAUUGUCUGGCGCCAACCCGUUGGAGUUCAAUCCCUACAUCAUCCAAACUACUGUGCUCGUUCUUGCGCCCACUCCAUUCGUCGCCGCGCUCUUUAUUGGGCUGGGCCGUAUAGUAUCCCACGUUGGCCCUCAGUACAGUAGACUCACUCCCCAAUGGUACUCUCGCAUCUUCCUCACGGCGGACAUUGCUUCGCUCGCCAUCCAGGGUGCUGGUGGAGGCAUCGCCGCGACCGCGACCACGGACCCGAACGCCGUUCGGAAAGGCAGCGACAUCAUCAUCGUGGGUCUCGGAGUCCAGCUCUUCUCGCUCUCGGUCUUCUGCUGCCUCAUGGCCGAGUUCGUCUGGCGCCGAUCGAACGAGCGGCCGUACCACAAGGAGGCCACCCAAGGCCACCCUAUAGACCGCAACGUCAAGCACCUGCUGGGCGGCAUCACCCUCGGCUCGUUUUUCAUCUACGUGCGAUCCAUCUACCGUAUCAUCGAGUUUGCCAGUGGCUUCGCCGGGACGAUCGCCCAUACCCAGUGGCUUUUCAUCGUCUUUGACGGUGUGAUGAUCACCCUCGGCAUGUUCACCCUCAACGUCUUCCACCCUGGCCAUCUUUUGAAGAAGAACCGGGAGUCGGACUACGAGAUGACCAAGAGCGCUGUUUCGGUGUAG